AUGAAUAUGGAUGAAAAGGUAUCAGGGCCUGGCGGGGCCUCACAAAAGAAUUGGACCCAUUGGAACGCCACGGAUGAAAUGCCAUUAGACAUGCAGUUUAACCACGGCCACAUGGUGUCCAUAACGGUAUACAGUGUGCUGAUGAUGAUAUCAGCGACUGGGAACUUGACGGUGCUGUCUCAACUGGUGAAGAGGAAAAGAAUGGGACGAGCGAGUAGGCUGGAUGUGUUACUCAUGCAUCUAGCGGUGGCGGAUCUUAUGGUGACAUUCCUGAUGAUGCCGCUGGAGAUAGCGUGGGCGGGCACGGUGCAGUGGCUGGCGGGCGACCUCAUGUGCCGCCUGAUGAUGUUCACGCGUACCUUCGGCCUCUACCUGUCCAGUUUCGUGCUCAUAUGCAUAGCGAUCGACAGGUACUACGCUAUCCUCAAGCCACUCAACGUUACGUGGGAAGCGAGAGUGAGGCGGGCUCUCGCGGUCGCCUGGGUAUGCGCCGGUCUUGCCAGUCUACCACAGAGCUUCAUAUUUCACUUGGGAGAGCACCCUGAAGUUAAAGGGUACUUCCAAUGCGUUUCGUACGGAUCUCUGCCAACGCCUCGGCACGAGUUGGCGUAUUUCCUACUGAACAUGAUACUCAUGUAUAUCGCGCCGCUGGUCUCCACGCUGUACUGCUCCUCAGCUGCUUUGCUGGAGAUCAUACGUCGAGCGAACACAGCUAAUGAUAAGAUGCGUCGCAGCGGAGUGGGCAUCCUGGGCAGAGCUAGAGCUAGAACGCUCAAGAUGACAAUCACCAUUGUACUAGUCUUCUUCGCUUGUUGGUCGCCGUACUACUUGUACUGCAUAUGGUACUGGAUUGACAAAGAUUCACUGACGAAGCAAGACCCAGCGUUACAGAAGGCGAUAUGGCUCUUCUCGUGUACGAACUCUUGCGCAAAUCCCAUCGUCUAUGGUGUUUUCAACAGAAACCGCUGGACGUGGCGUACAGGAAAUAACGCACGGUGUAGAAACGACUGGAGAAGGGGUUCCAGGUUCCCACACGGAGACUCCAUGGAGAUAUCAGCUGCGACUUUAGCUCGUGCGAAAAACUCACUUCACGAUCGGAAUAGCAGAAGAGAUUCUGCUUUCAUUCAUAACGGUUCACAAAAACAUAUUUUAAAUAAUAACAAUAACGUACAUGGGAUUGUUUAAGUGAGUCUUCAUGAGACUCUUUAUAUUAGUCUGUAACGAAAUAUGCAAAAAAUAUAGUUAUUACACCAGUUAUAACACUAGUGUGUCAAAAAUAUCGAAAUAGCAACAUCACUGAAUAAGUAGUACACAACAGGUUAACAUUUUAUGUUACCGUCUAAUCAAAAAUAUUAAACUGAUAAACUGUUAUAUAUGUAUGCUACAUACCGAUAAUUUAGGCAUUAGUUUGAACUAUAUGUAAGAGCCAAGAUCCAUAUUUUUUGUUCUUUAUUCCGUAAUAAAACGAUUCAAGUUAUUUUAUGUAGUUGAACAUAUAAGGUGUUUAGUUUGAAUUGUAAUUUCUCGAAUUCUCUCCACAAAAUGAUAUUUCAAAGUUCAUAAUACUAUUUCAAAGAGAGCUUUAAAGAUCUUUAAACAUAUCUAUACUAUAGUAUAAUGUAGUUAUAGGUUUUUGUUUUGUAAAUAGUCUUUGAUAGUUUCAAUUUGUGAUACGAUACCAAAUAAUGAGAAUUAUAGUUAAAGAAAAUUGUGGUUAACAUUUAAUUCAAUGGCAAAUUAUUUCCGUAUUUUAUAGAAAUAUUCCAAAACUAUAAUGUUCAUAUCUAAAAUAUGUAAAUGUAGAUACUCACAUCGUAAUUUUAAGUGUUUAUAGUCAAAAUAGCUCGUGGCAUUCCUUAAUAUAAGUUACUUAUUUAAUUUAUCACAUUCCUAAUAAGAUUUUUUCUACUUUUGUAAUUGUUUGUCUUUUAUAAUACACGGUAUCAUACAAUGGCAUAAAUAUAGACAUAAGGUGUGAAAUCACGUUUGUCAGCAGCUAAAUAGUUGAAUUAGUUUAGUUAAGACGGUUUCCCUAACGUAAGCAUUAUCUCAUUCAUUUAUAAGCAUCGCGAACUCGUUAGAAUCGAAAUACGCAUUUUAAAAAUCUACGAUAUCAGGCUGCCAAACUUUUUCACCUUCUGAUCCGUAGUCGAAUUUUCUAACUAUUAGACAAAUAAGGAAACUGUUAUCUGUCAAUUUAUUUUCUAAUAUUAUAUGCAGUUUUUUUAUUUUAAAUAGUUUCAUAUACCGUUUCAUACAAAAAAUAUAAUACCGUUUCUUUUAAAGUACCAAAUACCGUGUUAUAUACCGUGUAUAAACCUUUCUGAGAGAAAUGUGCAAAUUGCAAUUAACUGAGUAUCUUUAUUUUUCCUAUUUUUUUAAUGUCUAUAUCCGCUGGCUGUGAAGUGAUAAGAAACUCAGGUAAAAUAUAGCAACGAUGUAAAUUUAUGUACCACCUUAUUUACAAAAGUCUUAGUAAAAAAGCAAGGUAAUUUAAUUAAUAAAGUAUAACAUUCAUA